UCUGCGCAAGCGCGCAGCUUUUCCAUGUGUGCUCAGGCCGUCAGCUUGGCCCAGCUGAGAAGACACGUCAAGGAGCGUCGGAGACUAGAAGUCGCCACCGGCCCCGCGGCUCCCAUCGCCUGCUGCAGUCUCGCUUUGCCGGCCUAUCACUGCAGCUUCCGUCGCCAUGGGUAAGAGUCGGACGAAGCGCUUCAAGCGACCUCAGUUCUCCCCUACCGGUAGCUGUCAGGCCGAGGCCGCGGCCGCAGCGAACGGGACUGGGGACGAGGAGGACGACGGGCCGGCGGCGGAGCUUCUGGAGAAGCUCCAGCACCCGAGCGCCGAGGUCCGCGAGUGCGCCUGCGCGGGGCUGGCCCGGCUAGUGCAACAGAGGCCGGCGCUGCCACACUUGGCUCGCCGAGAUGCUGUGCGCCGGCUAGGGCCGCUGCUGCUGGACCCUAGUCUGGCCGUCAGGGAGACGGCCGCCGGAGCUCUGAGAAACCUCAGUGCUUGUGGAGGUUUUGAAGUUUGCGAUGACAUGGUGGCUAAGGACAUCAUGACGCCCCUGGUAGCACUACUGAGAGAGUGUAGUGCUGGAUUGGAUUCAAAUGAGAUGUCUGCCCAGGAGAAAGCCGAUAAGAACGGAAAUUCUAUUGAGAGCAUAGCCAAUGAGGCUGUGAAUGUGCUUUGGAAUAUAUGUGAAUGCAGUAGUAGAGCAGUGUCUGUAUUCAACAAAGAAGGGUGUUUGGAGAUUGUAUUAAAGUACUUACGUAGGUUCCCCACCAAUGUUGACCUGGCUGUUUCUGUAGCAUAUUGUUUACAGACAGUGACGGAAGAUAACCCAGAGCUCCUAAAAUCGGUUGAUGGCACAGCACUGCGUGUGCUGGAGGCUGCUUUGCUUUGUCCUGUCACCUCUAUGGAAUACAUUCUGCUAAGGACACUGGUGGCAGGUACAAUCUGGAACCUAAAGGACGUUAUUCCAUCUAAGAGUCAGGCAGAAACCAUAAAUGCCAUAGUAAACAUCUUGUCUGAAGUCCUGGAGGCGAAUGCUGCCGAAACAGUCAUUCAGAUGAAGGAGGCUGAAACCCAGCGGUUAAAAACUGCUCAAGACACCGAAGACACACUAGCAAAUGCUAAUGGUGAUUUGGUUGAAGAUGAAGAAAUGGAAGAAAUUCCUCAUAAAAGAAAACUCAGGAGGAAAACAUUUAUUUCUGAUUUACUUCCAUCUACUGACAAGGAGCUAAGAGAGACCAUGGCAUUGCUGACAGCUCAGCAGACCGCUCUGGAAGUUAUUGUCAACAUGUGCUGCAGUGAAGAUUCCUCCGAUGAUGAGUGGGAAGAGCUUUCUAGUAGUGACGAAAGUGAAGCCUUUAUGGAGAACUCUUUCAAUGAGUGCAGUGGACAGUUGCUGUCCCCAAUGUGCCUAUCCCAUGAGAUUCACACUGCCCUUACCAACUGCCUCAUCCCAAAGAAGGUUUUUGAGAAAACCUCUUCACCAAACAGUGUUGCAGUCGACAUAUGUUCUAGGAACCCUACUUGGAAACCUUUGAUUAGGAAAAUGAACACCAUUCAGUGUAGAGCCCUUAUGUGUCUCCAGAGUCUUGUGUCUCUCCUGGACAUAGACCAUCUUGGUGGAGCCCCAGCUCUUCAGACACUUGCACAGCACCUGUCACAACUUCUUUUUUCUCAGCCAGAUUUUGCUAAACAUGCGGAUUUUCUAGAAGCCAUAAGUAGUGCUUUGAGAGCCCUUUUGCAAACAAUGGCCUCCAAGAACAUUCCACAGUGUAUGACACCUGAGCAGCUGAUGACGCUCUGCAGAGCAGGCAUUCACAGUAGUAGCGUCGGGGUUAGAGUGAAUGUGGUCAGUAUUUUGGGGAUCACUGGCAGCGUCCUAGCCAAAGAAGAUGGCACACUUGAAAUUCUUAAGACCAUUGGGUGCUUUCUGCUGGAAGUCGCCACCAAAGACCCUUCCCUCGUGGUAACAGGAGAGGCUUUGGAUGCUCUCUUUGAUGUUUUUGCAGAUGGUGAAGAAGCAGAAAAGGCCUCAGUUCAAAUUAAAUUGUUAUCAGCUUUGAAAGAAUUCCAGCCAGUCUUCAAAAUGAAGAUACGGAAAGAAGGGAGGGGCAAAUACAGUCCAGAUCAGCUGUGUGUUCUCGACAACGUGAAGAUGAAUUUGAGACGGUUUGUUGCUUACCAGGAAGCUGUUGAGAAAAGACUGACUUCUUAAACCCUCAGGAGGACCAGAGCUGGGGCUGGCUCAGUGGCUGUAUAGCUAGCUGCUAUGUAUCUCCCUGGCUUCAUCCCUAGCUCUUGAGAAAAAAGAACAAGAGAGAGACUGCUUCUCCAGGUGGAUUUAACGCUAAUACUGAAGGGUUUCCUUUUAAUGUACAUGUUUCCAAAAGCCUUUUGUUUUUUCCUUUUUGAGACAGGUUCUCACUAGGGAGCCCUACUUGGCCUGGAAUUCAGAGGUCUACCUACCUCAGUUUCCUGAUUGCUGGCAUUUAAGGUAUUCAACACCAUACCUGGCCUCCAAGAGCCAUGUUUAAUGUCUCUACUUUGGAUGUUAGUUUGAAUGUGAGAACCUGUAGGAAAUAGGUUUUACAUCUCCAGUGUAUUUUAGCCACUGGAAAUGUACCACAGUCUCAGGUGGUCCUCUUGUCCUUCGUGGUGCUGGAGCUGGCAUUUAGGGCCUUGCUCCUUCUGGGCAAGCACUCUACAGCUAACUACAUGUCUAGCCCUCAGGUGGCUCUUAAGUACUUUGUGGGCAGUAAAGAGGUGCCCAGACAAUUAUGUUUUUGAAGUUUGCAAGAAAAGAAAGUAAGUCAUUGUUUGGAUGCUCUUUAAAGCCAGUCUCAUUUUAUAUUAGCUAAAUCUUAACUGAAAUAUGAAGAUAAGCUUUAUAAAAUAUUUUAGUAUGGAGUACUGUUUACCAAUUAUGAAUCUUCUGUGAAGCUAAUGACUUUGUCAUUCUUGGUAGAUAAUGAGCUAAUGAUGUGAUUGUAUUCUGUACAGGGGAUCUGAGCAGUUAUGUUGUGUAACAUCACUCCUUGUCUUAAUUUGAUACAGAAUCAGAAAUUAGUAGAAAAGGCUGGGUAUGGUGUUAUACAUCUUUAAUUCCAGCACUCAGGAAGCAGAGGCAGGUGGAUCUCUGAGAUCAAGGAUAGCCGGGGUUACAAAGAGAGACCCUGUCUCAAAAAAUAAAAACAAAAAACCACAAACAAAACAGAAUAUAAAAGAAUUUGUAGAAAUAUUUUGAAUUCCAGGCAUGGUGGCACAGACCUGUGAUCCCAGCACUCUGGGAGGCAGAGGCAAGUGGAUCGCUAUGAGGUCAAAGCCAGCCUGGUCUACAAAGCAAGUCCAGGACAGCCAAGGCUAAACAGAGAAAGAAAAAAGAAAAGAAAAUAUUUUUAAUAAAUAACUUUUAACUGGA